GUGUACAGCCGUGUUCACAUCUCACAAAGCACCAUGGAGUGUCUUCACGGUGAGUUUGAUGUGGAGCCGGGCAACGGCGGCGACCGCUGUGACUACCUGAGGGAGAGAGGCAUAGACACCUACCUGGUGGUUGUUCCUAAAGCACCUCUGGGAAAGAACGGCAUCAACAGCGUCAAACUGUCCGUAACCUCGUCCAAUGGAAAUUCCCCUCUGCUGAUCAACACCACCGACUGUAAUGGCAGUGUGCACACAGCCUGCACCACACCAGAGGAACCAGAGGAGCUGGACACAAGGGUGGUGAACCCAUCGUUUCCUAAUCCCCGAAGGAGGCUGAGGCUGCGGGACCUGGCUGAGCGGGUGAUUGAUGCUCAGGAGAAUGAACAGGAGCUCAACAAACUCCUUAAUGAAGCUCUGCUGGAGAGAGAAACGGUUCAAGCUCUGAAGGGGAAACACACCAACAAGCUGUCCCUCAGGUUCGUGGAUCCAGAGCUGGAAACACGUUUCUCUGUGGAGAAGGAGAAACAGAGCGGCGCUGCCUUCUGCUGCUCCUGCGUGGUUCUGCUCUUCACUGCAGUGAUGGAGGCGCUCAUAGACCCCUGGCUGAUUGCAAACUACAUCACCUUUGCAGUGGGGGAGGUCUUACUGCUCAUCCUGACCAUUUGUUCUCUGGCUGCCAUCUUCCCCAGAGUCUUUGCCAAGAAGCUGGUGUCUUUCUCCACCUGGAUUGACCACACACGCUGGGCUCGCAACACCUGGGCCAUGACUGCCAUUUUCAUCCUCACCAUGGCUGACAUAAUGGACAUGCUGAGUUGUCUGCCUCAGGUCCCAGACUCCGACACCACCACGGUGGCCCCCGCCUCCUCGCUGUCCGCCGUGUCCAGCCUUGAAGGUUGCCUGAACAAUCCCAAAUAUUACAGCUACGUUGCUGUGCUGGCUCUGAUGGCCACCACGAUGCUGGUUCAGGUCAGUCACAUGGUUAAGCUUACCCUGAUGCUGCUCAUCACAGUGGCCACGGGCGUCGUUAACAUCUACAGCUGGAAGGACAUCUUUGACCGCUAUGACACGGCCCGUUUCCACGACUACAGGUCAUUCCUGGUCCCAUCUAAAUUCGCAAUGACAGUUAUGAUCUUCAUUAUGAUGGUUAGCUUCUAUUACUUCUCCAGACAUGUGGAGAAGCUCGCCCGUACCCUUUUCCUCUGGAAGAUUGAGGUUCAUGAGCAAAAGGAGAAGGUGUACGAGAUGCGGCGCUGGAACGAAGCACUGGUGACCAACAUGCUGCCUGAACAUGUGGCUCGACACUUCCUAGGAUCCAAGAAGAGGGACGAGGAGCUGUACAGCCAGUCAUAUGACGAGAUCGGAGUCAUGUUUGCUUCGAUCCCCAACUUCUCUGACUUCUACACAGAGGAGAGCAUCAAUAAUGGAGGCAUCGAAUGCUUACGCUUCCUCAACGAGAUCAUCUCAGACUUUGACAGUCUGCUGGAUGAGCCGCAGUUUCGCUGCAUUACAAAAAUCAAGACUAUUGGCAGCACAUACAUGGCAGCGUCAGGUGUCACCCCGGACGUCAGCAACGGCUACAACUCCAUCAAGAAGGAAGAGCUGUCGGACUCCGAGCGCUGGCAGCACCUGGCAGACCUCGCAGACUUUGCGCUGGCCAUGAAGGUUACACUUAUGAACAUCAACUACCAAUCAUUCAACAAUUUCAUGCUGCGCAUCGGUCUAAAUAAGGGAGGGGUGCUAGCUGGAGUGAUCGGUGCUCGCAAACCCCACUUUGACAUCUGGGGCAACACUGUAAACGUGGCGAGCCGCAUGGAGUCCACAGGUGUGAUGGGCAACAUCCAGGUAGUGGAGGACUGCUACAACAUCCUGAAGGAGUACGGCUUCCGCUUCGUGAGGAGAGGGCCCAUCUUCGUGAAGGGGAAAGGAGAGCUGCUCACUUAUUUUCUGAAGGGAAGAGACAAACAAGGCUCAUUUAUCAAUGGCUCCUCUGUCACUCUGCCACAUCAGGUGGUGGAUAGUUGAGGACUUAUCUCUGUCUGUCGCACUCAUGCACUCAUCAGUCACAGGCUGUGUGAAGAGUCGUGCAGGGGAAAGAAGUGAAUUGAUUUAAAGUCCUGGGAAACCUGAAACUAUAACUGAACCGAAGCCUAAUUCAUUUACAAACUCCAUAAACAUGAACUGAUGUAUUCUCUGUCUGUACAGAAAGAUGUACAGAUGCCAGAAGAGUCUGAUUUCAGUUUAGCAGAUUAUAUUUAAAUCAAGAUGUUUGAAUAAAUUGAGAUUAGAAGCUGAGGGCACCAAACAGAUGGGAGAUUAAAGGGAAGCCUGAUUCUUUGACUGUGACACUGAGGGGACUGAUCUAUGAUGCUGUCAAGCUUUGAAAUUCUCACUUCUUAAAUAAGGAGUUACAUGUAAAUUCAUAAUACUGGGUUAAACAGGUUAAACAGCUGUACGGUGUAAAACUCUUACUUUGGACAGAUACUGCAGAUUAUCUUCUUUUUGUCCUCGUGUCACCCUUCCUGAAACCAUAGGCACAGAAACAUUUACCCAAAGGAAACUUUAGUGUAAUGAAACACCCAGUAACUGCUUUACACAGCAGACGGGUCACAUCUGUGCAGAUAUGUUUUAUAAACCACUCCGUUUGAUGACAAAUGCACCUGUAGCUUAAAAUGAAUCCAGGUACUGAAUAUACAGAUAGUAUUACAGUGUUACCUCAGACACACAGCUAAUACUACUGACGUGAUUUCUCUGCAUCCUUAGAUUUGAUCCCAACUCUGCCAACGAGAGCUCAAACUGGCCCAUUAACAUCCUGGGUGGCUGCAGCUCAGGAGGUAGAGCAGGUCCUCUACUAAUCACGAGGUUCACAGUUUGCUCCCUGCCUGCUGUAAUCUUCAUUGGGCAAGAUGCUAACCCCAAAUUGCUCUCCAGUGCAUCCAUUGGCAUGUGAACAUUAAAUAAAAAGCACAUAAGCAUAAAAAGCGUGCUGGAGCAUAUAAAACGAGUCCCUUUACCAUCCUGCACAGCUUUCACUCCUGGAUCAGACCCUGAAGUUCUCCCUGCUGCUACCUGCUGUUGAAUCAUAGUUUCUUUGUUUCCUUAUUUAGAAACAUCAGGACCUGUCUCUGCUUCAGCACUUAAACCGAUGCAUUUAAGAAGCACUCCCCUUUAGCAAACCAUGUGUAAAUGUUCGACACGUGCAAAGGAAGUGUUGCUUUUGUUACAGAAGAGAUUGUUAGCUUUGGCUUGUACAGUCCAAGCAAACGUUUAAACAUUUCUCUCUCUGUCUUUCUCACACUAAUCUCUCCUCUGGAGCAAUAAAAAUGUAUUUUAGGCAUAAACUUUAAUUUCACUGCAAGAGGUGAGUCAGUAAGAUCAUUAACUCAAUUCAGUUUUAUUUACACAGCGCCAAAUCACAACAACAGUCUCCUUAAGGCGCUUU